AAGAAGCAGUGGGUUACCAGUGCAUUUUAUAACAGCUAAGGGGCGUUGUUAGGCACGACGCGAAGCGGACGCGACGCGAAACAACAUCAGAAAACGUUUCUUCCUACCUUAAUUUGUUCUCUUAUCAGUUAUCACCUCUCAAAUUUUCUGCUAAAUGCGGAGAUAAUUCCAUUUUUGUGAAGAACUUUGUAAGAGAUCAGAUUCAAAGCCUGAUCAAAACACACGUCAUGCUAAAUCCACCACAACGCUGUUGUGUCGAGUGAAUGCCUCAGUGUUUAAGUUGGGUAAGAUUGCCAUCUUGUGGAUAAUAGCGGAAAUAUCAAUAAGACAAAAAAACCCUCAGAGAACGUUUUCUCUUUAUUGACGAAAUGUUUUAUUUAUUGACAUUUAUCUGGAUAUCGCCAUAAUUGUGCAAAGGUAGAAAAAAAAUUAUUAAAGACUGAGGUGUUUAUUUUCAUAAAUCAGUACGCAGCAACAGUGGCGCAGUGAUACUUGUGAUGCGGUCUGAACCGUGGGUUUACCGGGGUAUUUUAUCACGGCUUAGAACGCGUUUCAACCAAUCAGAAUGAAGAACCAGAACGAGCCGUUUUAUAAUAUUAAAUUGGUCAGUUAAAGGUGUCGUGUGUAAAUUUUAUCGGCAUCUAGUGGUGAGGUUGCGAAUUGCACCCAACGGCUCAGUCAACGAGUAACCCCAGGGUGCAGCCUGGACGAUGGGGCGGUACGACACUUCUAGCCGGAGCUACACGUGUCGCCCCGCCACAAAUGUUAACGCCGCCUUUGACAUUUUGCUCCGACCCAGCAGGGGGCAGUUAGCGUUAAAACGCUUGCAACUGCAGCAGCAGAGUAAUAAUAAUCACGUUGAUAGAAGGAGAAAAUUCAAGAGAACGUUACUACAUUUUUCAACAAACAUGGUCCACCACACCGUGGUAACCAGAGCAGAACACGAGGCUUAUAUGAAGUCUACUUUUAAACUGUGCCCAUUUUGUGGCUUCACAAACUCCAUUUCCCACAUGGUACAUAUCCAUGUCGGUAGACAUUUUGAAGCCGCAGUAAAAUAUAAAGAUUUCCUAAUUGUCAAAUGCAGCGGCAAGUGCCGAGAAAGAGCACAUUUUCACUGCUGCUUUUGUGAGAAGACCGUUAUUAAUAGGUCACAAUUACUGACUCACAUUUCAAUGCACCCUGAGCCUCGUGAUGUCGGUGAACCAGGAGUUACAACUAGUUUGACUCCAGCCACUACAUCUGACAUGGACAAUGUCAUGAAUAAAGACAUCACAGUGGGUCUGAGUAACCAGCAGGAGCACAGUUUUUACAACUCUGGAGCAGAGAGGUUUGGAGCUGAAUCUUGUGUUCAAGAGACCCCUUCGUUGGAAGGUGCAGACUUGGCUGAGUAA